AUGAUCCAAACUAUCUCGGGGCAACAGGAGCGGCCAAGCCCGACCAGCACUACGUUUGCCGAUUGGGACAGCAUCGAUAACCCAAACAAUCCUAAAAACUUCCCCAAAUGGCAGAAAUGGAUUAUGGUCACUAUUGUGACGUGUGGCUCACUCUGUUUGGUUGCAACUGUGGGUUUAUUGCUAUUUAUCUUUGGCAUGGGCUGCGGGCCAAUGGUUGUUGCGCCCAUCUCGGAAAUAUACGGGCGACGGCCAAUAUAUCUGGUUUCAAUGGCCCUAUUUACCAUCUUUCUGAUUCCUUGUGCCACAGCGCAGAAUAUAGGCACAAUGCUUGCUGGUCGACUGCUUGGAGGGUUGAGCAGCGCAGCAUUUCAAAGCGUUGCUGGCGGAACGGUUGGAGACUUGUUCACGCGUGAUACACUGCAGUUUCCCAUGAUGAUUUAUACUGCCACGCCAUUUGCGGGCCCGGUAUUGGGACCACUUAUUGGAGGAUUCAUAAACUCAUUUACGUCGUGGCGGUGGUCGUUUUAUAUACUCAUCAUCUGGGCCGGCGUCUUGUGGUUACUUACUGUUUUCUUCAUGAGGGAAACGUACCCACCGGCUAUCAGGCGAAAGCACAGCCUGUCAACUCCUAUCAACUCCUCGGAUGAAUUAAAGGUCGCCAGCCCUGCCAAAGAGCCGUUCCAGCUACUACUGGCAAAGUCAAUGUACCGGCCGUUCCUGAUGCUAGCCUAUGAACCGAUGUGUCUCUGCUUAUGCAUCUAUACGGCUAUUUUGAUUGGAACGUUGUACCUCUUUUUCGGUGCAUUUCCCCUGGUGUUUUCGCAUGUAUAUGGCUUUAACCUAUGCAAUGGCCAAGAAUUCUUGCCCGAGUUCAGACUCCCGUCAGCAAUCCUGGGCGCGCCGCUGAUUACCAUAGGGUUGUUUUGGUUCGCAUGGACUACUGUUUCAGAGGUCCAUUGGAUAGUGCCUAUUAUAGGAAGCUCUUUUUUUGGCCUCGGAGUCUUUCUUGUAUUUCAAGGAGUGAUUACCUUCCUUGUCGACGCGUAUCCCUUAUAUGCUGCCAGUGCGUUGGCAGCGAACGCCUUUUUACGAAGCAGUUUUGCAGCUGCAUUUCCACUCUUCGGUGUACAGAUGUACGAACAUAUCGGAUACCAUUGGGCAACAUCAUUGAUUGCUUUUUUAACCGUAGCUAUGCUACCAUUCCCAUAUAUAUUUUUCCGGUUUGGCCCUCGUAUUCGGAGGAGAAGUCGAUUUGCGUCCUGGACACCAUUAAACUGAAAGUGUAAUAUUAUGGACCGCACCUAGUGCAACUAUUGAGGUAUCUGUGUUAGGAUAUAUAAAGAACAAGCGUGUUCGUUUAGUG